UUUUCAACAGUUGAUGUCAAUCUUGCACGUUUUAACCUUUUCAGUAUUGGUCAAUAUUCGGAGAGUACAAUGCCAUGUACAAAAGAUGUGUUAUUAAUUCACACAAAACGUGCGUCAUAUCAAGCAUACUUAUGGAGAAAUGCACUCCAAGCAACGCUAUCACCCCCUCCGAUUAGUGAGUUUGGUUGGGAGAUCAACAAUGGAAAUGUUCGAGUGAAGUGGAUGACUAUGCCAGCAGCUCCAGAUGGAAUUCUCGAGAAUGUUAACUGUGGAUGCAAAUCAGGCUGUUCAACAAGGAGAUGA